GCGCGUUUGAAAAAGUCUCCCAUCACAGCUGGCUGUCACUUAACUCAAACUCGUUCGUCCACCGCCACCGUCCACACAAAGGAAAAGUGAACGAAUAUACCUAAUUAUCUAUUUAGUUUUAGUCUAAUUUAUAAAUAAAACAAUAUAGUAUUCAAUGUAGAACAUUCGCCUGGAGGCACAAGCUACCAUUCUGGUUGUUUUAUACUAAAGACUGACGUGAGUUUCACCAUAAGACUGUGAUAACAAUACAAUAGAACUUGCCUUUUGUACUCAAUCCUAGCAAACAUCUUCAUUGAAUAAAGCAAAUCAAAAUGGUUCGUACUAAACCUUCCCGGAAUGGGAACACCAAACGCAAUCGGACCAGUUUUCAGGAAGAAAAACUAAAUGCCAAACUAAGGGAUUUCGAUAUUUUAGCUAGCAGUAUGUUAGCUUCAUUAGAGUCUACGAUGAUGGAGGAGCUAGAUAAAAUCACCAGAAUAUUCCAAACUGAGAGAAAAAGGUUGCCGAAGCGAAUGCUUGAAAUGCGUAUGGAUGAUCUGAAGCUGAUGGGGAUCCAACCUUUCUCGGAUUUUGAAAAGCUGGCGAUGGAUACAUGCGACACCUUGAGUUCGAUGAAUUCCAACGAAUCUUCGCGUAUUUCCCUACAGGUAGCGAAUGAUAAGGGCGCAAAACAUUCGAAAUCAGAUGAAGGUUACCGUACAGAUGAUAGUGCUAUCAGCAGUGUGCCAUCGGAUGUGUUGUCUUCUGCUAAGGCCCGUCCGUACGGUCCAUUGGCGUCGGCAAUGAAAAAUCGUCGCCGCAGCAAAUCGGUAUCGAAUCACACUACCCCGGCGAAGGGUCAUUCAUCGCUACUUCUUGGAAUUAAAUCAAAGAAAACUUUUGGUGGGAGUCAGUCUCUUCUCGGGGAUAACUCACGCCUUUCGCGGCCCAAGUACCGCACGCCGUGCGCGGGCCAUCGGCUACAGGCCGUGAGUGCCGAUCGUGGAAUGAGCCUGAUUACACCAAAAGUACAACCAAACACACCUCUGGCGCUAAUGCGGCAUGCUCGGAUUGGGGAGAGUAUCUAUUCGGUCACUGGUAGUCCGGUCAUCACGGCUGCAGCGAUGGAGGAAACGGCCAAUGUUAAUAUUCCGGUUGCCAAUGGAGUGCUUUCGAUUCGUCCUACAGAAAUGGACAGUAUUGAUCCGGGACUGCUGCAGAAGAUUGAUACGGACACGCUGGAAAACCUGAAAAAGUUACAGAUGAACCUGAACAAAAUUAUGCAAAUCGCAGAGGAAAACAAUUUUAUGAAAUCGGGAUGUUAAACUUUUAUAUUUUUGUGGUUUUUUAUUCAUUGUCUUAUGUAUUAUUUAGUUUAUUAUCAAUGUAAUUUCAAUAAAAAAAUUCAAACGUGUACAUAUUGUCUAUCCCGAGAUAAACUA